AUGGACUUCCAGGACACGAAGGAGAAAAUCGAUGUCGAAUCCCUCGAAGUCACUGACGAGGACGUUGACUCGGUUGUUAUCAAGAAGGAUGAAGAUGUUGCGGUAGAGGUCAUUUCGACCGAAGACGACCCAACCUUGCCUAUAUUCACGUUGAGGACGGUGUUUUUGGGUAUUGGUCUCUCUGCGUUCACGUCCGUCCUCGCGACCAUCUACACUUUCAAGCCCCAGGUGAGCAUAUGUCCCAAUGCAAGCGUGUCGCAAUUGUUUUGUCUGAUUAUCGCCUAUGUGUUGGGUACCGCAAUGCACAGCACGUUUCUUCCUCAACGCAUGCUCCCGACUGCUGGUUCGUGGCGAUACCUCAACCCCGGGCCAUUCAACAUCAAGGAGCACACCGCUAUUGUCAUCAUGGCUUCUACAGCUUCAAACGUUGCAGUCGCCAUGGAGGUCAUCGCGGCUCUAGAUCUGUUCUAUGAUAUCAAGUUGCACCCGGCCCUCGCGAUAUUCCAAAUUUUUGCGAGUCAGAUGAUUGGCUACGGCAUUGCUGGCCUUCUUCGUACCCUCCUGGUCUAUCCUACCUACGCCUUCUAUCCGACGUAUAUCUCUGUGGUGAACUUGCUCCAGAGUCUGCACUUUGGUGGGGCGCUGAACCACAAGAAGCGUCGAUACUUCUGGAUCGUAUUUGCGGCGAUCUUCUUCUGGGAAUGGUGCGUCCUUGUAAACGAUUACCCGUUCCCCCUCCUGACCGCGAUUUCGAUCAUUUGUCUGGCGGAUAACGGGCGUCACACAUUCGUCAGGAAUCUAUUCGGGGCCGGGUCUAGCAACGAGGGUAUCGGCCUCUUCAGCUUCAGCACGAGCUGGACUCUCAUCACCCAGGGAAACCCGCUCGUAUGGCCUUUGCGAACCCAGGUCAACUCGUACAUCGGUAUGGCGCUGGGCUACAUCGUGCUCACCGCUUGUUAUUACAACAACGUGUUCAACGGCAGAGACAUCCUUUGGAUGUCGCAAUCGCUCUUUAACGACAAGGGCGGACGGUAUAACCAGACUGCGAUUUUGACUCCCCAGAAUACUCUCAAUGCUACUGCGCUUGAGUCCGUUGGUCUGCCUCGCUACACAACUUCCUACGUCAUAUCCCAGAUGUGCUACAACUUUAGCCUGGGAGCUGCCAUCGUCCAUGUACUGCUCUGGAACUGGCCUGAGCUUACGAAGGCCUUUGGCAAGAUGCGGUUCUUGAAGUCAUCGCAGGACAUUGAUGACCCUCACUACCAGCGUAAGAAAUACAAGGAAGUGCCUCAAUGGUGGUACCUCCUGCUUUUCGUCGCCGCUCUUGCGCUCGGCAUUGGCUGCAGCUACAACAAGGGUGAUUGGCUCCUCCCAGCAUGGAGCGUCAUCCUCUUCACUGUCAUCAGCAGUUGUAUCGCGGUAUGCAUUGGUUUCGUCGCCGCGACGACUGGCUUCACCCUUCAAAUCAAGCACAUCAUGCACAUCUUGUCUGCAUUCGUGCACCCCGGCCGGCCAGUUGCCGUCAUGUAUGUCAAUCUGUACGGCAACAGCACGGCCUAUCAGUGCCUCUACAUGCUGCAAGACUUGAAGCUCGGCCAGUACACCAAACUUCCUCCUCGCGCUACCUUUGCUGCGCAGAUGGCGGGGUCCAUAAUCGGAUCUAUAUUCAAUUACACGAUGAUGAAUUCGAUCGUCACCAACAACCGCGCGGCUCUCAUUGACCCCGUUGGCACUCGUGUGUGGAGCGGCUGGAUUAUCCAGAGCUACAACUCAUCUUCUGUCGCCAUGGGCGCCCUUGGAAAGGAGCUCUUCACAUACGGCAAGCCGUACUAUCUCAUCGGCAUGGCGUUCUUCAUAGGCCUUUCCUUCCCUAUUCCCUUCUGGAUUGCACACAAGCUCGCUAAGAAGGGCUCUUGGAUCUCGCGCGCCGCCGAAUUCAUCAACACUCCCAUCAUCGCGCUCUACAUCGGCUACUUGCCCUACUCAGUCAACGGCCAGUGGUGGUCGUGUCUAGUCAUUGGCCUUCUGUCCCAGUGGUGGGCGCGUACUCGCCGCCCGAAGUGGUUCAAGAAGUACAACUACCUCACGUCUGCCGCGCUGGACGGAGGAAGUCAAGUAAUAUUGUUCAUCUUGAGCUUUGCGGUGUUCGGCGCGAGCGGGAACUCCGUCCCAUUCCCAACCUGGUGGGGGAACCCUGCGAAUCUCUCUGUGGAUCGGUGUGCUUUGACGGACUAG